AUGAAGAUCAGUACCGCCAUUCUUCUUGCAUCCGCCUCGGCUUUGCUCAAGGUCGGUGCGGAACCCUCAGCUUGGUCUACUUAUCUGGAUUCUCGGUCGACGAUGACAGUCCUCGCCGAAAGCCCUCCGCCUCUUGAAGUUUCUCCUCUGAUUGUCUCUGGAGAUCCCAAGAAUAGGAUCGACAUUGUGUUUUUUUCCGAUGGAUACCUCUCCUCAGAAAAACCCAAGUUCCUGAGCGACGCGAUGGCUUUUGCGAAAGAUAUCACAACUAACAAUACCUUCCAUUCGGUACAACCUCUGAUGAACUUCUGGGCCGCUUUUACUCCAAGUAAGGAGAGCGGUGUCGGAAGAGGUGGGCAGCCUUUGGACACGGUAUUCCAACUCUAUCGUGACGGUACCGAGCUCCGCGGUGUCUGGUCCAACGACUAUGAGAAAGGAAGAGUUGCUUGUUCGUCCUUAGGGGCACAAUGCGACUAUCCAGUCCUUGCUGGAAAUGAUCCUCUAUAUGGAGGAUCCGGAGGCAUCCCAACGAUCAUCACCGCCUCCCCUCUCAACGGACACCAGAUCCUCCGACACGAACUUGGUCAUUCCAUCCUCGGAGUUGGUGAAGAAUACGAUGGUCAACCUUACAACGGCUACUUCGGGAUAAAUGCAGCCAAAACCAACGCUAACCCCAUCCCUUGGGCACACUGGCUCACCGACCCUGCUUCCGAACCUCGUACCCAAAGAAGUGUCAUGCCAUAUCAGAAUUACGCUUGGGCUUUGAUGAACAUGACAACUCCCUGGCAAGCUACAUUCGUUUCGUCUGGUACGUUUACGCGACACCUUCUGAGAUUCUCGUUAUCCGGUCUGCCUGCAAAGACGGAUAUGAAAUUGGAGUUGGAUGGGGUUGAUCUGAAUUGGGAGCCGAAGCCAGAUGUGGGGAUGGAUAGGUGGUUCUAUGAUAUGUAUAGGGAUAUGCCGUUGGAAGCGGGAAAACAUCAAGUUAAGUUUACUUUGAAGAAUAUGGAAUUGGAGGGUGAUGCGCAGAUGUGUAGCUUGGAGGUUCUGGAGUUUGGUAAUGCAGACGAGUUCAUUGCCAAGCUGGGAUAUGUUGGCGCGUUCCCAACUUAUUCCAUGCCAGAGAAUAGGACAACUUACCGCCCCACCAACGAAGACUGUCUCAUGCGCCAAGUUACAACCUCGACGUACUGUCCCGUUUGUUUGGAAGGCCUUUGGACCACCCUUUUAGGACGCCUCUCACUCAUCGAUAACGUCACCGAGACCUGUGAACCACAAACGAGCAGCACAAUUUUGAACGCCACGCUCAUACCUGUAGCACAGUUCAGAUCAGGGACAAAGAUUCCCGGGGAAAGUUAUACCAUCCAGUGGUUGAAAAAUGGAAAGGUGGUGGCAGGUUUUACGAAUCAGACGGUGGUGAAGAUUCCAAAGGCUGAUGCUAGUGGGAAUUAUACGUUGGAUGUCAAAUUUAGUUCGGCUGAGAUUAGAUUGGAUAGGAAUCGUGUUACUGAGGGUCAAUUGGUCCAUACGAUUACUGGGGCGUGUAAUGAGAAGUAA